CCUUCGUCCUGGCGUUCUGCUGAUAUUUAAUUGGACGGGAACCACCGUGGAUGGUGAAGUGGCAGUGUCAGGUGGGGUCUGUCUGUUCAGCCUCUGUAAUACAUGCAGUCAGAGGGGCGGUCCCUCCUCUUGGCUCACAAAGGUCUUGUUUUUGAACCUCACCCUCAUAAACGCCGGGUCCCAUCAUGCCAAGUCAGCAGAAGAAAGUCAUUUUUUGCACAGCCGGGGUGUUAAGCUUGGCGUGUGCCCUCGGAGUUGUGACAGCCUUAGGGACACCUUCGUGGAUCAAAGCCACCUUCCUUUGCAAAACAGGGGUUCUGCUCGUCAACGCCUCAGGACAGGAGCUGGCCAAGUUCACUGGCGAGAUGCAGUACGGGCUUUUCCACGGAGAGGGCGUGAGGCAGUGCGGCUUAGGGGCCAGGCCCUUCCGGUUCUCAUUUUUCCCAGAUUUUCUCAAGGCAAUCCCAGUGAGCAUCCACGUUAAUGUCAUUCUCUUCUCGACAAUUCUUAUUCUUUUAACCACGGUGGGGACAGCGUUCUUCAUGUACAAUGCUUUCGGCAAGCCCUUCGAAACUCUGCAUGGUCCACUAGGGCUAUAUCUCUUGAGCUUCAUUUCAGGCUCCUGUGGCUGUCUUGUCAUGAUAUUGUUCGCCUCCGAAGUGAAAAUCCAUCACCUCUCAGAGAAAAUCGCAAACUAUAAAGAAGGAACCUAUGCCUACAAAACGCAAAGCGAGAAAUACACCAUAUCGUUCUGGGUCGUUUUCAUUUGCUUUUUUGUUCAUGUUCUGAAUGGACUCCUAAUACGACUUGCUGGAUUUCAGUUCCCUUUUGCUAAAUCUAAAGAGACAGAGACGACGAAUGUAGCUGCAGACCUAAUGUACUGAAAAGCGAACAUGUCUGUGAUUUUCCAAGGAAGAGAGUAGGCUUACUUUGGUCACUUUUAGGUAUGGAUAACUUUUCUCAUCCUUUUACACCACACAAACUGAAAGCACCAGAACCCUUGGUGACAAUGUUUACCAGCUAUGCACUAAGUAAGCAAGUAAGGAAAGCAGAAGGGAGAUUGCUGAAACGUUUCACAAGGUGGGGAACUGCUUUACCCACAUGGCCACAGGCAGUUGACUAGAAUGGAGAAAUUACUACUGGAUGUACAUUUCCAAGUGCCAGAUGCCUGUUCCGUCAAAGAGAAAGAAUAAAAAGGCAUGUGGAAUAUAUCUUUAUGAAAACAGGCACUAUUUCUGAUAACCCACACAUUGGUUGCUGCCAAGAUCAGAAAACAAAGCUCAAAUUGAUUUAAGGCAAUGGCGCAUUAA